AUGCGUGGCUCAGUGUACAACCCGGCAAACUCUUCAACAUGGUCGAACAUAGGCCUAUAUCGGCUCUCUCUAGUCGACGAGAGCGCAUUUGGCUACAGCGGAAAUGGUCUUUUUGGAUACGAUGAAGUACGACUCGGAACAGGAAAUGAAUCAUUCUCACCAAAUCAAGUCAUUGGGGGCUUUACGACACCGACCGAGCACUUUUACAUCGGUACUUUAGGGUUGAGUCCAAAUACAAUGCCGCCACUCACAAACACAGGCAAAAGUUUUCUGACUAAUUUAAAGGAUCAAAAUCGCAUUCCAAGCAUCAGUUGGGGCUGCACAGCUGGAGCGUAUUAUGUACAACCUCCAGCCUUUGGAAGUCUUACCCUUGGUGGCUUUGAUAGGUCACGUUAUGCGCUUCACAAUGUGACCUUUCCAUUUGGGCUAGAUGUAGGUCGUGAAUUCACCAUAUUCUUGAAGAGUGUCAGCACAUCCUCACCGUCGGAGAAUUCAGUCGAUGCCGGUAUAUAUGCUCUUGUAAACUCACUAAGCCCGGAUCUUUGUCUACCCAAACGCAUUUGUGAUAGGCUUCAAGAAAUGCUCAGUCUUGAGUACAACUCCUCGGCUAACAGAUACACCGUCAACGAAACAUUCUACGACUAUGUUCUCGACCGCAACACUAGUACUUCAUUCACCUUUGGAGGAGACCCUUCGGUUAGAGGCGACACUGUAAACAUCACCAUUCCAUGGCGUAGCUUUGACUUGAGGGACAGGUCGUCGAACAUGGGCCUCGGAGAGAAAGGGCUCAUGUAUUUUCCCCUCAGACGAGCAAACAGCUCGACACAGUACACGAUCGGCCGAGCUUUCUUUCAAAAUGCGUACGUUAUUGCUGACUAUGAACGACGGAGGUUUUCAAUGCACCAAGCGAUCCACCCGAGCCUUCAAACAAAAGCGGACAUAAUCCCCAUACUUCCAAAAAAUAAUGAUAGUAGUACAGUGAGUAGUACAGUACCGCACGACUCUGAGCCACAUCAUCACAGCAAACUUCGCAAAGGUUCAGUCAUUGGCAUAGCUAUAUCAUCUGUCCUCUUUGUCGUGACGUUUCAGGGCGAGAGACCUACAGUCAAAGACUAUAGAGUACCAGAGCUUGAUGGCCAUGAUACUUUCUUCAAGGCAGAGCUAUCUUAUGAGAGUAGAAGAGCAAGACCUGAGCUCUCUAGCCAAGAGACUGAACGGAGACUAGAGCUUUCUGCUGGAGAUCUGCCAGCUGUUAGUGAAUUAGCAGCAGCUGAAAGACUGGAGCGGGCAGGUGCAAUGGUCGAUAUCGAACCUAUCGUCCCAAGGCGCCAGGAGAAUCUGAAUCCGAGAUAA